CCGGCGGAACUGAGGAGAUUGUGGGGUUUAGGAUUGUUCUGGGCAACGUCCUCGGGUCGCUACCCGACCAAACGCUAGCUGCUGAGGCCUCGCGCCCCAUACCCCAGGUGAGACCGUACGGGAAGCAUUUACGAGAGCGACAGGGGCCGCUUUGCGCUGUUUCUGUGCGGACAGAUCUUCCAGGCGGAGGCGAGAGCGUGCGGGCUUCUCAGUCAGGAAGUCCCGCAACUUUCCUGCUCUGAGACUUGGACCAUUCGCGUAACCUCGGAACCCUUCCUUUUUCGUCUGUGGAAAGAGGAUAAUAACUUCCACCUUGUGAGGUCGUUAUGUGUUUUCACUAAGAUCCUGGCUGCUCCUCCUCUGUGUUGCCAUGGGAAUUCAAGGUCUGGCCAAACUGAUUGCUGAUGUGGCCCCCAGCGCCAUCCGGGAGAAUGACAUCAAGAGCUACUUUGGCCGCAAGGUGGCUAUCGAUGCGUCCAUGAGUAUUUAUCAGUUCCUGAUUGCUGUUCGCCAGGGUGGUGAUGUGCUGCAGAAUGAAGAGGGCGAGACCACCAGCCACCUGAUGGGCAUGUUCUAUCGCACCAUCCGCAUGAUGGAGAACGGCAUCAAGCCUGUGUACGUCUUUGAUGGCAAGCCACCACAGCUCAAGUCAGGUGAGCUGGCCAAACGCAGUGAGCGGCGGGCUGAGGCAGAGAAGCAGCUGCAGCAGGCUCAGGCUACUGGGGCAGAGGAGGAGGUGGAAAAGUACACCAAGCGGCUGGUGAAGGUCACCAAGCAGCACAACGAUGAGUGCAAGCAGCUGCUGAGCCUCAUGGGCAUCCCAUACCUUGACGCACCCAGUGAAGCGGAAGCCAGCUGUGCCGCCCUGGUGAAGGCUGGCAAAGUCUACGCCGCGGCCACUGAGGACAUGGACUGCCUGACCUUCGGUAGCCCCGUGCUUAUGCGGCACCUGACUGCCAGUGAGGCCAAGAAGCUGCCCAUCCAGGAAUUCCACUUGAGCCGGAUUCUGCAGGAGCUGGGCCUGAACCAGGAGCAGUUUGUGGAUCUGUGCAUCCUCCUGGGCAGCGACUACUGUGAGAGCAUCCGGGGCAUUGGGCCCAAGCGGGCUGUAGACCUCAUCCAGAAACACAAGAGCAUCGAGGAGAUCGUACGGCGGCUCGACCCCAACAAGUACCCCGUGCCAGAAAAUUGGCUCCACAAAGAGGCCCAGCAGCUCUUCCUGGAGCCCGAAGUGCUAGACCCAGCGUCUGUGGAGCUCAAGUGGAGUGAGCCAAACGAAGAAGAGCUGGUCAAGUUCAUGUGUGGUGAAAAGCAGUUCUCUGAAGAGCGAAUCCGCAAUGGGGUCAAGCGGCUGAGCAAGAGCCGCCAGGGCAGCACCCAGGGCCGCCUGGAUGAUUUCUUCAAGGUGACGGGCUCUCUCUCUUCAGCUAAGCGCAAGGAGCCAGAACCCAAGGGAUCCGCAAAGAAGAAGGCGAAGACUGGGGCAGCAGGGAAGUUCAAAAAGGGGAAAUAAACAUGUAUUUUCCCCCAUUAUACCUCCUUGGCCCCAGAAUGUCUGCCUUGUACCCUCAAAAGCUAGAGCUAGAGUGACCUCCAUCAGGAUGGGGAGAGAUUCCAUUGCUUCUCUAGCACUAUCUUUCUCAGCAGUGCUUUUCCGUUUUUGACUUGAUCAUAUAGCAAGACGGCCAUUGAGGUGCUUUGUUGUCUUCUUUGUUUGCUCAGGAAAGUGUGUCAGGCUCAAACCACUUCUCAGGCAGUUUAAUGAAUCCAUUGUUAUACGAAAGUGAUGAAGGAGUCCUGGUGGCGCAGUGGUUUUUGAGAAAGGAAGGGGAGGUGAAUUAUUUCCUUGCUGGCCAACUAGUGGCUAAUGGGAGGUGACGGUGGAACCAGACUGCUGCUCUCGCCUAGUUCGGCCUUGAUCCCACCUGAACAAUAGCCGUCAGGAAAACCAAGACUUAACGGAUGGGAAGAACUACUGAGAAAUAACAGGCAGAGAGCUGGAGUCCCUGGAGUUGGCAGGGUUGAAUUACUGGCUGUGUUGCUGGGGGUGGGCAGAAACUUGAACCUGCUAUGUAAUUUGAGUCUUUGCAGUGGUGGUUCAGAGAAGUAAGAUGGAGAUGUUCUCAUGGCCUCUGAGGCAAUCAGCUGAGUUGAGACUUUGGGAUAAAAUGCUGGUUUCUACAUGUUUUUGUUUCAAAGAUAUGAGGGGAAAAAAAGUCAAUAAAAUUAUAAAAGUAACUGGAAUGCUAUGCUCUUUGAGAACAUUUGAAAACACCUAGAGUACCCCAGGCUCCAGACAAAUGUAAUGUUCUACUUUUUACCCCAAGGUAACUUCCUGGACUUGUAUGAUAUUAACAGUAGUGGUUUGAGAGUGGCCACAAGGUGGUGCCAUGUUCCAUAGAAUGGCACAGCAGCUAUGGUGGUAUUUCAGCCAUUAGAAGGAGGCGGCCUAAUUUAUUUUAACUUGGCUGGCAAAAAAGAGUGUUAAUAAAUUGAGUGGCUUUCUCGUUUUCCACCUAAUGUAUGUGAGAUAAAGGAACUCAUUUGAAAAAGCUUCACAGUUUAUUUUAUUCAACUUUUUUUUUUAAUUGUACUUCAGAUGGUUUACAGAGCAAACUAGUUUCUUGCUAAACAA